AGAAUUCAUUCUUCGCAUCUCCCUUAUUUUCAAAAUGACGCAGAUCAUUCUGUCCGAAAAGAUUGAAGCCGAGAAGCGAACAGAUUGGAGAUCCAUGUGGAUUGCCAUUGUUAUGCAGUUUGUAGUAGGUGUUCAAAUUUCUGUAUAUUACAUGUCAAUGUGGCCAUAUUUGAGUGGACUUGAUAAAACAGCAGAUUUUGAUUUUCUUGGGUGGGUUGUUGCGUCUUGCAGUAUUGGUUGUACAAUUGCUAAUCCAAUUUAUGGAUACUGGAAUCAAAAGACAAUGUCUGUGAAAUGGCCUGUUAUCACUGGUUUCCUAAUAGCAGCUGUUGGUCAAUUAUGGUACGCACUUUUGGGCUUUUUCGGAAAUGUGAAAUGGUUCAUGUUAUGUGCUCGAUUCUUGACUGGCCUUGGCGUUGGAAAUAUAGCAGCUCUUCGAGUUUAUGCAGCAAUGGCAUCUACGCCAAAAGACAGAAUGAGAGCCAUAUCUUUCGGGACCGGAGGCUUCGUUCUCGGUUUUUCAUUUGGACCUGUUAUCUCGUCAAUCUUCACUCCACUCGGUGAAGAAGGUAUCCAAUUUGGAGGUUUCAUUUUGAACAUGUACACAAUUGUCUCUUACUUGAUGGUUUUGAUUUGCCUGUCAGCUUGUUUGGUUGUAUACUUAUUCUUCAAAGAAAGUUACGCUGGAAUAGUGACAAAAGAGGAAAAAGAGAAGGAUGAAGUGGAAGUUCCAAUGUUUGAUAUCCCAGCUUCCCUAAUUUGUAUUUACCUUUUCAUGAUUGUCAACAUGACUGCGACCAAUAUCGAAGUAAUGUCUUCUCCUUUGACCACAGUUCUAUAUGACUGGAAGGAUAGUGACUCAAUAUUCUACAAUGGAAUAGCACUAGCCAUUAGUAGUGCAAUUUCAGUGGCAUUCAACAUUGCUCAAGGAUCAACGCGAAUCGGAAGAAUUGACAAAAGGAAGCAAAUGUUAUUUGGACUAACAUUUUUCCUUCUCUACCAGCUUUUCAUGUAUCCAUGGGGAUUCUACUCUGGACCUUUGAACUUUUUACCUAAAGGAGUUGAAACAAAAGUCGCCGGAGGAUGUUAUUCGGAGUAUCUCUGGUGUAAUGACACAACUCGUGUUCCACUUUUCAUAUAUUUAUUCUGCUUUAUUGUUUUCUUUGGUGUUGCGUUCCCAUUCGUAGAGACACCUGCUCCAGCACUGUUCUCUGAAAUCUUAGGGCCAAGGAAACAAGGCACAAUGCAGGGAUUCUUCUCGUUCGGGGGAAGCCUUGCCCCAGUUAUUGCUUCUAUUUCUUCCACAGCAAUAUUCAAAUACAGCGGGUAUCGUUACGUGAUUGUUCUCCAAGCAUCAACUCUUCUUGUUGCCAUAGUUUUAAUUUUGAUAUUUUACAAAAGACUAGUUCCACUAAAAGUGGUCAAGAAGUGCAAAGAUUCGUCAUCGUCAAUGUCAUGAAAAUACUUUUUUCUCAUUCAUUCAUGUUU